UAGUAUUCUGUUUACUAUUAAUACUGUAAUAUCACUUUUAUUAUUUUUUUUUAAUCUGACCGAUCCUGUAAUCAAUAAUUAAUCUUACUAUUUUUUAGAGGCUCCCAUGUUGAAGAUGUAAUAUGAGGUUUAUAGCAUGUUUUAAUGUAAAACCCUAAUCACAGUGAUGUAUCUCUACAGAAUUGGAAGAUAUCUUUUUCCUUUUAAUUCCACAUCAAAUAUUUCUUAGAGGAGACUGAACAGUCAAAACUAGAUAGUGCAAUAGAGUAAAAAAAAUACGAAUGAGGGCAGAUAUGUGAUUAAUAAGAUGACGGUCCCACCCACUGCGCAUACACAGGAAAUAGAAAGAAAAAGGAAAAAGAAAAUGAAAAGGCACUUGGAGGAGAAGAGGCAGAAGAUCCUGAAUGGACAAGGACGGGAUCAGGAUACUAAUCAUAGGAUUGCUCAGGAGUUACCCAAAUGUAAUUGGCUGGAGAUAAAAAUACGAGAAUACGAAAAUGAAAAGCGCAACAAAAGAGACUUGUUGGUGGAGAAUACUGUUGAGUCUGACGGGGCCGCUGGGGAGGAAGAAGAGGAAGUAGAAGAAGAAAGAGAGGAAGAAAGAGAAGAAGAAGGCGAUGAAGGAGAAGAUGAAACCUUCCUAGUAGUAGAUGAAGAGGAUUAUAAUAGGAAUACAACCAGUGAGAUCAAACGGAAACACAUACUACCCUCAACGGAAGAAAUCAAGAAUGCCACUAGCAAACAAACGGAGAAAGAAAAACGGGGAAAAAAGGAAGAGCUAAAAAGCCUGAAAGUGAAGAACUGGAUCGAAGAAAAAGAGAGGAAGGAGAAAAAGGAGAAGGAGAAAAAAAUCCUUGAAGAAAUGGAAACCCCUUGCAUCGCUAUUAUGGAAAAUAACGAGGGAGAAACUAUUCAAAUUCGAGUAAAGAUACCAGGAGACAGGGAGAGUGAAAAUACAACAAAACUUGAAAAGCAUAGAGAAAAGAAAGCGGUGGAUAUUGUGAACCAAUACGAUUACAUGCUUGGGAACCUACUUAAUAAACUGGAAUCCAGACCUGAGAACCGAGGAGUGGAGAUAUCAGUGAAGAAGAAUUUAUUCUACAGUGAGAAACAAGAAGAAGAAGAAGAUCGAAUAGACUGGAAGGAUGGGAAAGAAGAAGAAGAAGAAGAAGAUGGAAGAGACUGGAAGGAUAGGAAAGAAGAAGAAGAAGAAGAAGAUGGAAGAGACUGGAAGGAUGGGAAAGAAGAAGAAGAAGAUGGAAGAGUCGACUGGAAGGAUGGGAAAGGAGAACAGGAGUCUGGAGAUGGAAGGAGGAAAGAGAGAUUGAAAGUAGAAAAGGAAACGGAUAAAAUAAGAGUUGAAAGAGAAAUGAUGAUGAAAGUACGAAGAGAAGAAGAGAGAGGUAAUGAAGGAACCCUGAAGAGAUAUGAGAAUGAUAACAGUGAUAAUGAUGAUACCGGACCUAGUGAAACUAAAAAACUGAAACGUUGCCAAGAAAAUACUGAAAGUCCGAUAGACUUAAAGAAGAAAAAGAGUUUGAAAGAUAGUAAACAAGAAGAAAAUAAAGAAGAAGAAAUCAGAACGGAUGGAAAAAAGAGAAAGAAUGAGGAGAAAGAGGAUAUGGAAGGACAAGGAAACAAAAACAUAAGAAAACCAUCUUUAACUGCAAAAGAUGAACUUUGCCGGAAAAGAAAUAAACUAUUGCAGGACAUAGAAUCUCUACAGAGUCGAAAAAUCCAGGAAAUGGAGUCACUCUUCCAGAUUCAAACGAUGAAAGAAAAAUUGAUCGGACAACUAGAAAAGGCUAAAAUGGAGAUGGCAUACAUGGAGUCCUUUCGUCAAAUGCCACAAUCCAGACUUACAACCCCAUCUUCAGCAGCAGCAGCAGCUGCAACAGGAGCAGCUGGAGCAAGAGCAGCAGCAGCAGCACUGAGUAAACCAGUAACAUCUUUGCCUGGUUCUAAACAUGCAGAACAACACACUCAGGUUUCUGUGUCUGGAACUAGUAAUACCACAGAGCAGAGGUCUCCUGCACGAUCUAAUCUUCUUCAUUGUAAAGUUGAGAAUAUCCCAAAGGUUGUGGUUCCCACUUCACCACAACAUCAAAUCCAGCCCUCCAGUCAUAUCCUGCCAUCAAGCCAUAUAUUACCCUCUAGUCAUAUCAUACCUUCUAGCCAUGUUCUACCAUCCAACCAUCCUCACAUCCAUGCCCCUGUUCAUAAUCAUAACUCAAUACCACCCUCUUGUCAUGCCCAAAGCGUGCACCCCAGCCAUGCACUUCCUUCUAAGCCUGGAUUCUAUCCACAUCCUGCUCAUCUUGGUUUAGGGAAUGGACAUCAUUCAGUAGCACAUCAAGACAUGGCUCGCAGAGCGGAGUUUGGUCCAGGAUACCAGCUUAAUGGAGCCUGGCAACAUAAGAAAGAACUAGCCAUGAGGUGCAAUGGCAUAAUUCCAGGUCUUCAAGCCCGAGAUCCAAGAAUGCUCCAGUUUUACCCCGAGUUACCUCAACCCUUUAGUAUGAAGUACAUGCCAGUACUGGAUCCUGCACCAACCAAUGUCCAGGCCCAACACACCUCAAAGGAACAUAAUGGACUGGCAAGAACCCAAAAAGAUCAAAAUGGGAUUUAUAGAGAUCAAAAUGGACAUGUGCGAGAUUAUAGUGCAGUUGUAAGAGAACACAACACAGUAGUUCGAGAUCAAAAUGGAAUUGUAACUACAAAUGGUCCUAAUAGAGAACAAAAUAGGCCAAGAGAACCUGGACUUUUAAACCUUAGAGAAUUCAGGAGGAACUCGUUCCAACAGCAUCCUCAAUACGGUCCUCAGAUACCUCCUCGUUCCCUUCAUAUACGUCCAAAUCUCCCCGCACACUCAACAAGUCUAGAGAGCCGAGAAGUUCCAUUUCACUACCCCUCUCCAGAACAGUUUCGGUCUCUUGUGAAUCAUGCUGACUUCAUGAACAUGACGAAGGAACAAAGGAUCGAGCACUACAACAGGAUGAACAACCACCUGGAGGACAGAAUGUACAGAGGAAUCAAGGCGGGAAAUGUCCAAUAUCCUGGGACAGGAGGAGGAAUCAGAGAUGAUUUAAAUGCGCAGAAGGCGGGACAGUUCCAAAACCAUCCUUACGCUCAUCAUCUAGAGGUUCGCUCAGCCCUCUCACCUAGUCAGAGUAGCGAAAAAAACACGGCAAUAGAUCCACGUGUUUCUUCAGACAGAAUGUUUAUUGAGGCAGCUGAGCGCCGGGUGCCAUCAUUGGGUCGUCUACCAACUGUGUCUCCACCAAAAUUGCUUUCUCCUAGUCAUCUUCAACCUACAAGCAUUCUGAGACUUUCAAAUCCUGUUAAAGAGGGAGUGGGUCCCAGUCGACCGAGUACAUCAUCAGAGAAAAGCAACUCCGGAAGUCCAUUUAAAGGGGAAACUUCAAAUCAAAGGCCAUCUAGUGCACGAUCAGGGGGGACAUGUGAACCAGCGGGAGAGGUGGGGGUUCGCCCGGGGGAAAAAAUGGGUGAAUUGUACACAAUGGGGAAAAGUGUGAAUUCCCUGGAGGAAAUGUACCAACAUGAGCCCAUAAACCUGGGGAAAGAGAACAGCAAAUGUGAGAACUGCGGCAAAGAAGCGCAUUUUAUGUGCUCUGCCUGUAAGAAUUCACAUUACUGCAGCUCCCAAUGUCAGAGAGACCGUUGGCUCAACCACUGUCGGGAGUGUCAGCCGGUUUGAAAUAAACAAAAACCCUUUGUGAUAAAAAAUAGCUUAAAAAUUACUCAACAUAUCACAACAAACAUUUUGUUUAGAUUUAGUACAGAUACAAUUUUCAAACAGUUAAUAUAAGAUACAGGGUGUCUCACUAAACAUAGGAAUUGAGAGACGACUUGAACAUCGUCUUCGAUUUCCAAUAAUUGAUAAUUGAAAAUGUGUUCUGCCUUCUUUGUAUCUUCAAAAUUGACGGAGAUAUUAAACAUGUUUAAGAUUUCAUUGUGAUUUGAUAAAUUAGAAUCUGGACAGAUUUCUUAAUAUCUCCCUCAUUUUUGAAGGAACAAAUAUGCUAGACCACAUUUUGGAAUUCCUAAGACUAGUUCUUUUGAUUAUUAACUGACUUAACUGGAAUCAUGCAAGGAAUGUGUGUGUACUUAAUAAUACCACGGGAAACAAAGAUGAUAUAAAAGUCGUCACUUAUUUCCUAUGUUUAUUGGGACACACUGUAUCAUAAAGACCUCUUGAAAAGGUAUAAUUUCGGAUUAGCUAUUAAAACUUAGCAUUGCUUACUUCAAUUAUUAUACUUCAAAAUAUUGACAUAAAUCUUAAUUUAAUGUUUAUUGUAAAGAAAUUUCGCAAUAAAGGAAACAAGCCUUUGUCACAAACUCUGAUAUUCUAAUCCCUGAAUCUUUGCAACUGUGAUUUCUGUUGGUUACAAAUAAACUAACUUUGAAACCUCAAAUUAAUUCUGGGAUUAACAAAUUUUAGUUUGUGUCAAAGACUUUAUUCAACCAAACAAAAAAAUAUUUUAAAAUAAAUUUUAGUUUAUA